UGCUGCUCUGCUCCGGGCACUGACGCGAAUGGGGAGAGUCUUCUGCGCAGGCGCUGUCUUCAUCUUUCUCCCUCAAUUCCUCCUGACCUCCUCCUGGUUUCUGCAGCGCUGGAACAACUUACUGCCUCUGUAUUUAAAACAUAUCGCGGUACACAUCGGUGUUAAUAUAUAGAUAUAUUACAUAUGAGGGAUGGCAUCUUUUUUUGGAAAGAUUCUCGUCGGUAUUUACGUGGAAAUCAAACGAAGCGAUGGACGAAUACACCAAGCCAUGGUGACGUCUCUGAAUGAUGACAACGAAAGUGUCACUGUGGAAUGGAUUGAAAAUGGAGACACAAAGGGGAAAGAGAUUGACCUGGAGAGCAUAUUUGCACUAAACACAGAUCUUGCCCCUGAUGAGGAAAUUGCACAAAGCCCCGAGACUCCUCCCCCUCCUGUGACCAGCGGAGUGAAAGUCAACAAGAUCCCCAAGGCCCGGCGAACAGUAGCACCACAGAAAAAUGAAACUCCCCCCCGGGACAACAGAGUCACAGUGGGGACGACCCGAGCCCGGCCCAGCCAGCAGACUGAGCAGCCUCCCCCAGCCCCUCCCCCAGCCCCUGCACCCCAACCCACCCAGCAGAUGACCCUGCAACAGCAGCAGCAAGCUCGGAGGAAGUCAAACUGUGUGAAGGAGGUGGAGAAGCUGCAGGAAAAGAGGGAGAGGAGACGAAUUCAGCAGCAGGAGCUCAGGGAGAAGAAGGCUCAGGAAGUCGAAGCCACAACCCCGAAUUAUGAGAUUAUGUGCAUGAUCCGAGACUUUAGGGCCAGCCUGGACUACCGGCCACUAACCACCGUCGAUCUGAUAGAGGAUGAGCACAGGAUAUGCGUGUGUGUCAGAAAACGACCCCUCAACAAGAAGGAACUUUCAGUGAAGGACCUGGAUGUCCUCACCAUCCCCAAUAAAGAUGUGGUCAUGGUCCACGAGCCCAAGCAGAAGGUGGACCUGACCAGAUAUCUGGAGAACCAGACGUUUCGGUUUGACUAUGCUUUUGAUGACAAUACCACUAAUGAAAUGGUUUACAGGUUUACUGCAAGACCGUUGGUAGAGACCAUCUUUGAGAGGGGAAUGGCCACAUGCUUUGCCUAUGGCCAAACAGGCAGUGGGAAAACCCAUACCAUGGGUGGGGAUUUCUCAGGGAAGAACCAGGACUGCUCCAAAGGGAUCUAUGCCUUGGCCGCUAGGGACGUGUUUCUUAUGCUGAAGAAGCCUAAUUACAAGAAGUUAGAGCUGCAGGUGUUUGCCACUUUCUUUGAGAUCUACAGUGGGAAGGUGUUUGACCUGCUCAACAGGAAGGCGAAGCUGCGUGUGCUUGAGGAUGGGAAGCAGCAGGUGCAGGUGGUGGGGCUGCAGGAGAGGGAUGUGCGCUGCACCGAGGACGUCCUCAAGCUCAUCGAGGUUGGCAACAGUUGCAGGACAUCUGGGCAGACAUCUGCCAAUGCCCACUCCUCAAGGAGCCACGCCGUGUUCCAGAUCAUUCUGCGCCGCCGGGGGAAGAUGCAUGGCAAGUUCUCCCUGAUUGACCUGGCAGGAAACGAGCGUGGGGCCGACACGUCCAGCGCCGACCGGCAGACUCGCCUGGAGGGCGCCGAGAUCAACAAGAGCCUGCUGGCCCUGAAGGAGUGUAUUAGAGCUCUGGGACGCAACAAACCGCACACGCCGUUCCGAGCCAGCAAACUCACACAGGUCCUCAGGGACUCCUUCAUCGGGGAGAAUUCCCGCACGUGCAUGAUUGCAACGAUUUCUCCAGGCAUGGCGUCCUGUGAAAACACACUAAACACACUACGAUAUGCCAACAGGGUGAAAGAGUUUGGCAUCAGUCCCUCAGACAUCCCCUUCAGCCAGACCGGGGGUAACCGCACUGAGGUCUCCCCUACUUAUGAAGAGGAGGAUUUCAUUCCCUCCCCGAGCAGGACGAUGGAUAUGAGUGGAGAGCCAAGGGCGGUUCUGGACGAGUGUGGAGGGGGUCCGUCGCUGAGCCAGCUGGAGGUUAUGGAGGCCCAGUGGGCCAUGGGCAGCUCCCCCCAGAGGGAUGACCUCAAGCUCCUGUGUGAACAAAACGAAGAGGAAGUAUCCCCACAGCUCUUUACCUUCCACGAGGCUGUGUCCCAGCUGGUGGAGAUGGAGGACCAGGUGCUGGAGGACCACAGGGCUGUGUUUCAGGAAUCCAUACGCUGGCUGGAGGAUGAAAAGGUCCUGUUAGAGAUGACUGAGGAAGUGGACUAUGAUGUUGACACCUAUGCUACACAACUGGAGCAGAUUUUGGAUCAGAAGAUUGAAAUAUUUACAGAACUAAGGGAUAAAGUGAAGUCCUUCCGAUCUACACUUCAAGAGGAAGAGCAAGCAAGCAAACAGAUCAACCCCAAGAGGCCACGACCACUUUAAACCCGCCCAGCACCAAGAGACACCUGACUCUCAACAACAACCACCACCCCCCCACCGCCGCCUUCUCCCGACCAAAAACCAGCUUGCUGGCCGCAAACUGGAGAAGAGUUUAACCAGCUCUCUCACCUGGUUUAUCAUUUCCUGUAGGUGUUGUGACGACCGCUGUUUAUGGAAGACAAAGGGAAACGUGACUUAAGCACACAGAACUGUAAAUGUAAAUGACUCAUUUGUAAAAUAAUAAGCAAAGGUCAUCACUCUUCGCAAGGGAAAAGGACCGUAAUCCUCUGCUGUCUCGGGGGUCGAUGACCUUUUAUAUUAUGCUUUUUGGCUAAUGAUGAUUUGUCUGAGGACGAGGCCACUUUAUGAUUAUUGCAUGCACAAAAAUAUGGCAGUUGUACUGAAGCAUCUCCACCCUGUGUGUAAAUACCCAAACCUUACAUUUGAUUCUAACAUCAUGACGUCUGGACGAGAUCUCCAGCAGACUCCUCCUCUCACAGUUAUUUGUCCCAAGAGUACCGCUAGAGUUCCCGGCUGAUGUCUGAAUGUAGAGAGGAACUGCGGUUUUUCGGAACGAGACUUAAUAUUCAUACCGCCGUAGACAUGGCACACUAUUGGGAACAUGCAGUUGUUAACUCCAUACUGGAUCCUGCUGAAUGUGUCCCGCUUUUUUUAAUUUUUGAAACAUAUCAACGCCACUAGGAACAGAGAAUUAGGUACCAUUCAGAGUUCUGUGAACAGCUGCAUGUGUUAUUCUUUGUGUCGGAAACAGUGAUGAAAUGACGCUUAUUCAUAUUGAUGCAUUUUUUUUAGUUUUGUAAAUGGAGGAAUCUGUUGAAGAGUCUGAGUCACACUGUAUAACCGAAUGUGCGAGUACAGUUUAUGUUUGUAUCAUUUUGUUACAAGCCGUGUCUGGUGUUUCAGUUCUCUAUGUUGUUUACAAGGCAAUCAAUGUUUCUAUGUGACUGAAGUAUUCCCUGUUGUCAUUAAUUAUGUACAUAAAGUCCAUCCCAUUAAAAAAACAAAAAAAAAAAAACGUUUUUAAAACAGGAUAAAAGGUUGGACGAAUGGUGCAUAGCUAUGGGAAGGGAUUUACUGCUCUGAGAACUGAGCAGUAUUCAAUGUGACUUAACAAAUAAAGAUCCUGACCAACUGGAUUUUUUGACUAUCAUAAGUUGAUGCUGACAUAAUUUCAAAAGAUAAAGUGAAGAAAUCGC